AUGCACCGGCCACCGGGUCUCUAUUGACAUUUGACACUAGACAGUAGACAGCCAGUAGCCAAACUCAGCCAAAACGGAUGCCGAAUGAUAAUCAUUAAGAUAUCAGUAUAAGUUAACCGCCCGGUCUUGUCCUCGUGAUAAUGAUGUCUGCUUUUACAACUCCUCGCAAGUCUCUUCGGUUACGUAAAAAUGAACCGUCUCCGUUUUUAAUAAAUCGAAAACGUGAAUUAUUCCCAGUAGAUAAUUGGGAUGAAGACAGCCAUGACAUUAUUCCUCUACAAUCAUCUCCAGAAGUGUAUGAUCCUGGACUUGAUUCUCCAGAUUCAUCGUUUAACAUGAAUUGCACUCCAAUCACUGAAUUAAGUCCCUCUAUGAGUGAUAAAUUUGAAAGACUUAUGUCGGGAUCAAAGAAUGGACAUGAAUGCUCAGCAACAAUUGUUAUCGAGGAAACUCCAAAUUCCAGACGAAUUAAAAAUGUUAACACAACACCGUUUGAAUCAGAGACUAACAAAGCAGUUAAAACUCCUUCAAAGAAAAGCUUUAGUUUAAAUAAUAAGGCUGUAUUAGGAGUAAAAACGUUAACCUUUUAUGGAAGUAAUCAAAUAUCAUUAGAAGAUCUCCGUGUUAAAAGAUUUACUCGCUUAAAUUAUAAUCCAAAGGUAAAAGCUAAACUGUUUAAAGAUUCAAAAUCAACGAGUAAGAAAAGACCAAGAUCAACCAGUCAAGAACAAAAAUCCAAGAUAAUUUUGUUUCCUGGUAUUACGUUGCCAUUUAAAAAGAAAACCACAAAUAAAAAACCAUUAAUCAAAACUGAAAUAUGUGAAGAAAAAGAUGAUUUAAUUGAAAACAAUGAAGUAGUUAAGAAAAACAAUUUUGAUUUUUCCAAACCAUCUUCCUCAAAAAAUAUCUGGAUAGAAUAUAUUAAGCAGGAAAAACCCGAACGUAUAAAAAUUGAGGACUCUGAUAACAGAAAAUUUUUCAAAUCAAAAGUAAUUCAUAAUGAUACACCAAACAGAAAAGAUAAUAGUUUUAACUUUAAAGUUGUAAACUGGGGUGAUGAAAAUAGGAUGAGCACUGAUGAUCAAUCUGAUUUUAAUAACACAGAAAUACUUGAUGAUGGUGCAAUCGAACAAAUUGGACAAGAAGUUAAUGAACUAAUAGAAUUGUUAGAUGAUGAAGAUGACGAUGACAAUUCAACAGCUGUACGUUAUCCUGGUCUUGCAACAAAUUCUACAAAACGAAAUCAUGAAGAUCGGGAUGAUGAAGAUUCAAGUAUAGGGCUGAAUUCAAAACGUUCAAAGUCGGAUGCACAAAGCCACAACCAUAUUAUUUUAAGAAGUCAAAUGCCAGAUUUGAUUAGAGAUGCUUAUGCUAUUGAUGAAACUUAUCAUUCAGAUUAUUCAUCACAAAAAGAGGUGUCAAGCACAUUUGAAUUCAAUAAUAUGGUCUUAGAUGAAUUAAUAGAUACUUCAAAUGAUGCUUCUAUAAUUUUAAAUGAAUCACCGCAAACAAAGUUGUUCCCUAUUUUUACCAAUCAAACACCUUCACCUAGUCAUGUAACAUGUGAAAAACCUACAGCACGAAGAAUAAAAAGAAUUAUUGAUGCUACUCAAUAUCAAAUUGAUGCAGGUCAAAAGAAAUUUGGUGGUUUUUUGUGCAAACAAUGUGGCCUUUAUUAUUCAAGAGGUGAACCAGAAGAUGAAGCGGAACAUGAUAAAUACCAUGUAGCUAAAGAUAUCUUUAAGUAUAAUAGCUUUAAAAAUGAAAAAGUACUUUAUCAGGACACUAAUGAACGUAUUGUUGUUAUAUCUGGCUCAGAUCCUUUAAAAGUAUGCACGAAAGCUUUAGAAGUUAUAUCAUUUGUUGAUGUAGAACUUGGCUUUAACACACAAAAUUCUAUUUUACCUACGACUAAAAAGGUUUAUUUGUAUAUAAAAGACAAACAAGUAAUUGGAUGCCUAGUAGUAGAACUGAUAUCUGAAGCUUAUCGUAAUCUAGAAACUGAAACAGAAGACAUGGUUAUUGUUUCUGAAGAAUCAUAUCCUGUAAAAGUCGGUGUUAACCGUAUAUGGACAAAAUGGGACUGUCGUAAAAAUGGAAUUGCUUCAAAACUCCUAGACUGUUUCCGUAAAAACUAUGCGUAUGGUCAUAUAUUGACAAUUCAUGAAAUAGCAUUUACAGUACCCACACGUGCCGGAAAACAAUUCAUUAAAAAAUACACUAACCAAAGUGAUUAUUUUGUCUAUACUGGAUGGUAAUUAUGAGU